GCCACAGAACAACAAAUCGUGUCAUGAUUCGUCGCACGGAAAGUUUGCCACCUCGUCACAUUACACUCUCCUACCAACAACGUCAGCUGCCCGACAGUCUACGACGCGACUUCUGUGUCCUCCAACGCUCACGCCGAGUCAGUGCCGUGUUGAAUUCCAAGUCAUUUCGCGACGAAUUGGAGACGAUUGUUCAACUGCAAGCCGAGGAGGGACCAACCAAACAGCGCGAAACGUUUCGGCGGGCUGAUGAUGUUGCUAGGGAAGUAGCAACUCAGUCGGCCAAUCAGAUGACGUCCCGGGUGAAGAGCACGAGCCCUGUGACGUCACUUUCGAGGGCUAGUUGUGUUGUUCCGGUUGCUGAUUUGCGAGGAGCGUUGGCGUUAAAGUAUGGCAAGGCGGAGAGGAUUGCUAGGAACAAGUUGGCGUCUUUGUAUCGACUGAUUGAUAUGUAUGGGUGGUCGGAUGGCAUCUAUGGACACUCGAGUGUUCGUCUAUUGCAUACGAACAACGAGUUUCUAAUCAAUCCGUUUGGUUUAUUGUAUCACGAAAUUACGGCAUCGAGUCUUGUGAAAGUAAAUAUUGACGGCGAAAUUAUUGAUCCUGGAUCAACAUCGUUGGGGAUCAACAAGGCGGGCUAUACGCUUCACUCAGCUAUUUAUGCCAGCCGACCGGAUAUACGUUGUAUUAUACAUGUUCACACGGCAGCUGGAGUUGCUGUCAGCUGCAUGAGAUGUGGGCUCUUGCCGAUAACGCAGGAUGCUUUGUCGCUUGGCGAAGUAACGUACCAUUCAUACAGAGGCAUUGUCGUGUCGGAUGACGAAAGAGAGGAGUUAUCGCGUGACCUUGGAUCAGAAAGCAAAGUUAUGAUUCUUAAUAACCAUGGGUUGGUUGCUCUUGGUGACACCGUGGAGGAGGCUUUUUAUUUUUUGAACAUAUUGGUGAAUGCUUGCGAGUAUCAGGUGAGAGCUGUGGCUGUUGGACUGGAUAAUAUUAUUAUACCUGACGUGGAUGAUACGGAUGUGUUUGGAGUGAAUGUGGGUGGGGAUGAUUUGAAGUGGGCUACUGGUCAGCUGGAAUGGGAAGCCGAAAUGAGAAAACUGGAUAUGCAGGGCUACAGAACGGGCCAGAUAUACCAGACAUCGUCUCUUAUUCACUCUUUAUCUACUGUUAACCAACAAUCAGAUGUUGCUAUUCCACCCAUGGCUGCACUACCAACUUCUCGGCCAACUUUCCAGCCAACUUCUCGGCCAACUUCCCGGCCAACUUCUCGGCCAACUUCCCGGCCAACUCCCCGGCCAACUUCUCGGCCAACUUCACAUCCAACUUCUCAUUCAUCUUCACGUUCAGCUUCACCGCCAGCUUCACUUCCGACUUCGCCUCCAGCUUCACCUCCAGCUUCACCUCCAUCUUUCCGCCACCAAACUGAAAAGCAUUUGAGUAAAACAGUCAAGGAAGAGAAGCCGACAAGGAGCAUUAAACGAGCGGGCAAAGAGAAGAAGCAAGAAACGGUUGAGAACAUGUGGAGCUUUUUGAAUAAGGCAGCAUCUCCUCCUACAGUGCGAAUGUCCAAGAGCGAGAGUGAAGUCGAAUUACAAGGAAAUGAUGACUUAUGGAGUUUUCUUGAUGAGCCACCACGAAACCAUACCGAAUCAACCAGAAACGCCCUUGCAUCAAGACCCACGUCGUUGCAAUCCAUACAGUCUAUUACCUCAAGAAAUUUCUCAUCACAAUCUCUUUCAAGUCAUCCUCGAGCUACUUUGUCAUCAUCUACCCCAAUCAGACAAGUCGUAGCCAACGUUGCUCAGUCAACAUCUCGAGCAGCAAGACUCACCGGACACCAUUCUGGCUUGUCUACGCGCCAACAGAUAUCACCAGUUGAUCAUAAAACUGACAUAAAUGGUAAACGUGGGGUUGAGAGUCCGUCCGGUGGUUCAUCGUCUGGAGUCAGUCUUUCGUCGGAUGAAGAUGGUCCACAUUAUGGUCCGUUGAUUCGGCGUUCUGCUAUGGAUGCUGCUCGUACUGUUGAUCAGUUGUCUGCAUCAGCAAUGGGUCAGUUGUACAACCCGAUGUCUGCAGAGUUUGUUAAACAGUCGGCACAAAGAGUGGCACAUAGUACCGACUCGGUGGCAGCACAGUUAUCAUCGGCUGCACUGCCACUGUCAAAUUUCAACUGAGACAGUACAUCAGGAUGGGAUCGUGCAUCAGAAGUUGAGAUCGAUGAGAACGGUUUGGUGUAAGGUUCCACAGUUUACUGUCAAUAGAGAUGGUUUUAGAGAUACAGUUUGUUGUCUAUUUUGGUAAUAAUGUGCAGACCGUGUAAGAAAAUGACAUAAUUUGCCACAGAGUUGGACAAUGUGA